UUCGUCGUGAGAAAUACAAGUAAAGACAACACAAAAUUUUUCGUGUCAUUGUUGGAUUUAUUACACCGAUCUGGACUAACACAGUGUAUCAUUGGACAUAAGAGUAUAAUGUAUACUCAAUACUUUAUCUUGGUGCUCUGUUUAUUAUUAUUAGGUGGCUCCAAUUCAGCAAAAUCGCGAGACAGGGACAAUGGAUGGGAAAAAAGUAACACAAUGUCCAGGGAGAAGGGAGAGCACCAUAAAGAAGUGAAAAAACAAGAAAUUUGGAUUGAUGAUGAGGAUGAGGGAAGUGGGCCAGAUGAUAGAGUAGAUCCUACCACAGAUGACGAGGACAUGUGGGAUGAAGAUGGUCCUUCAGGUCAUGGUAUGAAUGAUGAUGAAGAAGGAGA